CAUUUUUGUCAUGAAGAAUUUCAAGCUGUUAAAGGAGAGAAGUGGACUGAGAAUUCAAUUCUUCUUCCUUUAGAUUUCUCCGUAAAAACCCACCAGCUAUCUCUAGUCACUUUCACUCUUCUUGAAAUCGAAUUCCAUCUACAUUCUUACGCUGAGUUCUUCUCAUGUUUGGUUGAUAUUCUUCGUGAUCUGCAAAUAAGGAUCCUUGGACUUUGAACAAUGAAUCAUUAUCUUGUGGGUGUUCUUGUCCCUCUUUUAAUCACACUUGUGAUACGUAAUUCCAAGAAAGAGAAGAAACGGGGAUUACCAGUUAAUGUUGGUGGGGAGCUUGGAUAUGCUAUUCGAAAUUCCAGAUUUAUUUCCCCAGUUGAAACAGAAUGGGAGGGUGUUUCUACACUUGCUGAGUUAUUUGAAUAUACAUGUAAUAAGCAUCAAACCAAAAGGUUGCUUGGAACUAGGAAAUUGAUUUCAAAAGAGAUGGAAAAAUCUGAAGAUGGAAGAUCAUUUGAAAAGCUUCAUUUGGGUGAAUAUGAAUGGUUAAGCUAUGGAGAAGUGUUUGAAGCUGUUACCCAUUUUGCUUCUGGCUUGUCAGCUAUUGGACAUAAGAAGGAAGAACAUGCGGCCAUCUUUGCUGAUACACGUGAAGAAUGGUUUAUCGCACUUCAGGGUUGUUUCAGGCGCAACAUUACUGUUGUGACCAUAUAUUCAUCUUUGGGUGAAGAGGCACUAUGUCAUUCUCUAAAUGAGACGGAAGUUACAACUGUGAUUUGUGGGCGAAACGAACUGAAGAAGCUGAUUGGUAUCAGUGGACAGUUAGAGACUGUAAAACGGAUUAUUUGCAUGGAUGACGACGAUUAUGAUAUCACUAACUGGAAUAUCAUGUCAUUUUCGGAGGUUAAGAGAAUUGGAAAGGAAAAUCCUGUGGAACCCGAUAUGCCUCUUUCGGGUAAUACUGCAGUCAUUAUGUAUACAAGUGGGAGCACCGGUUUGCCAAAGGGUGUGAUGAUGACACAUGGUAAUGUGCUGUCUACUAUUUCAGCUGUGAUGAGAAUUGUUCCUGAUAUUGGUUUAAAGGACAUUUACUUAGCUUAUCUGCCAAUGGCACAUAUUCUCGAGCUAGCAGCUGAGAAUAUGAUGUCUGCUGUUGGUACUUCAAUUGGAUAUGGAACCCCUUUGACACUAACUGAUACAUCUAGCAAAAUUAAGAAAGGAACCAAAGGGGAUGCUUCUAUGUUGAGACCAACAUUAAUGUCAAGUGUACCCGCUAUUCUUGAUCGUGUUAGAUAUGGCGUCCGUAAGAAGGUAGAUGCAGCUGGUGGAUUAUCGAAGACAUUGUUUGACUUGGCCUAUGCACGUCGAUUAUCAGCUAUAAAUGGAAGCUGGUUUGGAGCAUGGGGUAUUGAAAGACUUGUUUGGAAUUUUUUAGUAUUUAGGAAGGUUAAAGCGGUUUUGGGUGGCAGAAAUCGAUUCAUUCUGUCUGGAGGCGCUCCUCUCUCGGCUGAUACUCAAAGAUUUAUCAACAUCUGUUUUGGAGCUCCAAUAGGUCAAGGGUAUGGUCUUACAGAGACUUGUGCUGGCGGGACAUUCUCAGAGUAUGAUGACACUUCUGUUGGCCGUGUUGGUGCCCCUCUUCCUUGUUCAUUUCUUAAGUUAAUCGAUUGGCGUGAAGGUGGGUAUUUAACGAGUGAUUCUCCAAUGCCUCGAGGAGAAAUAGUUGUGGGAGGACCAAACGUUACAAUUGGAUACUAUAAGAACGAGGAGAAGACAAAGGAAGUUUACAAGGUUGAUAAGGCAGGAAUGAGAUGGUUCUACACUGGCGACAUAGGUCAGUUUCAUCCCGAUGGUUGUCUAGAGAUUGUUGAUCGUAAGAAGGAUAUCGUCAAGCUUCAACAUGGAGAGUAUGUUUCUCUGGGAAAGGCUGAGUCUGUAUUAAUGACAAGCACGUUUGUAGAGAAUAUAAUGGUGCAUGCAGACCCGUAUCAUAGUUAUUGUGUGGCGGUUGUGGUGGUUUCUGAGCCGGCUUUGGAAGAUUUGUGUUCGAAGAAAGGGAUCGAGUUCAGGGACUUGGCUGAGUUGUGUGAGAAGGAGGAAAUAGUGAAGGAAGUGCAUGGCUCACUCUUAAAGGUGGGUAGGGGAGGAGGUUUGGAGAAGUUCGAGAUUCCGGCGAAGAUCAUAUUGGUGUAUGAACAGUGGACGCCGGAGUCGGGGCUUGUGACGGCGGCUCUCAAGCUGAAGAGGGAGGUUAUUAAGAAGCAAUUCUCUGCUCAACUUGCUCAGCUCUAUUCUUAAAAAAAAGUAAACAACAAUUGAUGCUUUUACUCUAAUAAUGCUCUGUAAUUGGGAGUGUUUUUCAAAUUUUUAGGGAAUAUUUACUUUGUUUUGAAUAUCUUGUUAUUUAUUUCUAUCUAUUUUAUGUA